GAACGCCGACACGUGAGACUUAGUGCAGGGGCCCCCAGGACAGGACGCAAAGAUGAGUGUGAUCCCAGACAGGGUCAAGGCAAUGAUGGACCAGUCCAAGACCAUGAAGGAGGAGGACAAACUCUAUAGAUACAACGGCGUCCUCUUUCCCGUGCUUAUAAGCCCAGAGGAGAACCUCAGGGCCCUGGAGAACAUGGAGGCCAGGGACAAUGAUGUAAUGCUCGUGGCCUAUCCAAAAUGCGGUUUCAACUGGAUGCUCUCAGUCCUGCACAAAAUCAUGUCCCCUCCCACCGGAGAGAAAGUGGAGUUCAGUUUCCCUCCUCUAUUGGAAUUCUUUGGCCCACAAUUGCUGCAGACUCUCCCCCAGGUCCCUGCUCCAAGAUUAUUGGGGACCCACCUGCAUCCUGAUAUAAUCCCACCCUCCUUCUUUAACAAGAAAACCAAGAUGCUGGUAGUUUUCCGUAACCCAAAGGACACAGCGGUUUCAUAUUAUCACUUCUCAAAUGGCAAUCCCAUUUUGGCAGCAGCCGAAUCCUGGGAUAAGUACUGUGCCGACUUUAUCAACGGUGACGUUCCAUGGGGCUCCUAUUUCGAUCAUGCUCUGGCCUGGGAGAAGCACAUUGAUGACUGCAACAUGAUGAUCAUCACGUACGAGGAUCUUAAGGAGGACUUGAGAGGAGGCAUCAGGAAGGUGGCAGAGUUCUUUGGCUUUGACUUAACCAACACACGGAUCGCCACCAUCGCUGAGGACAGCACAUUCAGUGUCAUGAAGAAGGGCUCCAAGGACUCUCAUGGCAAGAUGGGUCAUGUCUUGUUCAGGAAAGGUGAGAUCGGGGACUGGAGGAAUCAUUUCAGCCAGGCCCAGAGUGAGCAAAUGGAUGCUGCCUUCGAGAAGCACCUUGCAGGGACAAAACUUGGAUCCAAGCUUAAGUAUGACAUCUACUGCAAGUGGUGAGGAGCCAACCGGAACUGCUGGAAGGAAUCUCUAGAGCAUUGGGGAACUAGAAUUGUUCAUGCUGA